GAGCCCGAAUCCGCCGACCUGCCGCGUUGCAUACCAGAUGCACCCGGGCACCCAGGCGGGUGCACGCCUACUCUUACUCUCACGUCAUUUCGCCCGCCCAUCGCCCGCCUCAUAUAACCCCGUCCACUACCUCGCUCAUUCACGACGAGUGAUGUCCUCCAUGGUCAAGAACGAGACGACGGGCGCGGUCGCACCGCCUGCCCCCGAUGCCCCCGGCCCCGCCGGCCAGGAGCCCAAGGUGACGUACAACUUCCCCGUGUCAGACUUCCCGCCGAACCCGCUCGGCGAAGGGCGGUACAUCAAGACCGCCGCGGCGCUGGUCAUUGGAGACGAGAUUUUGAACGGCAAGACGCUUGACCGGAACUCGAACUACUUUGCACGGUAUUGCUUUGAGCAGGGCGUUGAGCUGAAGCGCAUAGAGGUCAUUGCCGAUGACGAGGAUGAGAUUGUCGAAGCAAGCCGGCGAAUGGUCAAAAACUACGACUUUGUGAUUACCUCCGGCGGUAUCGGUCCCACUCACGACGACAUCACGUAUGCGUCCCUCGCGAAGGCGUUCAACCAACCCCUCGCACACCACACCGAGACCCUGCGCCGGAUGGAUAUCACGUCGCGGAACCGUGCAGACAUCAAGAAUCAAACCGAGGAGCAGCGCGUCGCGCGCGAGCGCAUGGCGCUCUUCCCAGCGAACGCUGAAGUCCUGUACACCUCCUCUGAGAUUUGGGUCCCGGUCGUGCGCCUCGAGGGCAAGCUCUGCAUCUUCCCGGGCAUCCCGCGGCUCUUCCAGCGCAUGCUCGACGGCCUCACCCCGUACCUACCCCUCCCGCCACCCAACGAGCGUCCUUGCCGACAGCAGGUCUUCACAUCGAAACCUGAGUCCUCCAUCGCGCCGUACCUCACCGAGCUGCAGGGGCGGACGAAGGAGGACGGAAUCCGCAUCGGGUCGUACCCGUUGUUCCAGCACGGCGUGUACGUCUCGUUUAUCGGCUACGACCGCGACGUCAUACGGCGGCUCGCAGAAGAGACAGCGGAGGCCCUCGAGGGCCGUCUGGUGAGCGACGAGGAGGCGCGGGAGAUGGUCAAGGCCAAAGAGCGCGGUGCGGUGUGAGCAAGGGUGAGAGCAUUAGUGUCCUUUGUUUAUUGCAUAUAUUUUGGGACUCGGGAACAACAUGUACAGUAGCCAUAGUCACACACGCGGUUGCAGUCUG